CUACUGAUCCGAGUCGGGCAUCGUUUGUUGACUGGAAUCACAUUUUCCACGAGUACGUGAUGCCUGCACUACUCGCUCUCGGACUCUCCCGGGCCAGGGCUGCAAUACAUAUAUCUCUCAACCCGCCAUUCGCAAAUUGCCACUCUCCCUCGACGGCCUCACGCUUGUAGUGGAUGCUUUCGCAACAUCUGAUAUCUAUGACGACAUCUCGUUUGUCGCUAUGCUCGUCACUGGGUUCAAGACUCUUCAGCGCUUGGGCGAAUUGGUUUGGCCUGACACGCUCAAAAUUCAGUCUUAUCGCAAGGUAGUCGUGUACUUUACCUUUACUUUAUCAAUUGCUUUUGGCAGAGCAUGAGGGACAGAACGAUCCUUUGGCACUUCUCAACCGGUAUGCGUUUUUCUUUUCGCCUACUAUUUCGGGACAUUCCAUGGGAGGCGCAUGUAUCGCUCUAGCUGCAGCUGGUGUCGUGCCUGCGCUGAUACAAGCAGCAGAACGCUGGUCCUCGGAUAUGUUCCAAAAAUACAUAGACAUCUUAUCCAUGGGUUUAGGACGCUCGUUUCGAUUCUGUAUUAUCCAUUGCCUCGACUGUAUUUCUCGAGAGUGUCGUCUGAUAUUGGCAUCACUGGUGUCCUUGUCGUCUCG